AUGAUAGUUUUUAAGACGUUUGGCCUUUGUACGCUGUUUGGACUGACUACCGCUCAAAUACAGCAAAAUAUCCAGAAUUCACUUAGUGUCCAUGAUGAAGAACCACUUUUGAGAGGACUUAAACUAGGAGAGUUGAACUUUAUACAUACCACAGACACACACGGCUGGUAUGGUUCUCAUAAAGCUCAAUCUGAUUAUGAUGCAGACUGGGGUGAUUUCAUAUCGUUUAUUCAACAUUUCAGGAACAAUAGAAUACAUGGUAACAAACUGAUUAAGAGAGACCUGCUAGUGAUUGACACUGGUGAUAAACAUGAUGGAAAUGGGUUAACAGAUGCAACAUCUCCUAAUGGAUUGGAAGCUAACGAGAUAUUUAAUUCCUUAGACUACGAUUUGCUAACUUUAGGAAAUCAUGAGCUAUACUCAGCAGAAAGAGCUGUAUUUGAGUACUAUACUACAGCGAUGUCAUAUAGAUUCAAAGAUAAAUAUAUAUCUAGUAAUGUCAAUUUCAUUACGGCGACAGGUGACGAAGUACCCUUUGGGAAUAAAUGGCGUUAUUUUGUCACACCUUACACAAGACAUAGAAUUCUAGCUCUAUCAUUUAUAUUCAAUUUCAAGACUCCAAAUUCAAGAGCUAAAGUUACACCAUUAGUGGAAGAAAUCAAGAAAGAAUGGUUCUUACAAUUGAUUAAUAAGUAUCCAUCAAACAAGAUCGAUGUACUUCUUGUUUUUGGUCAUUUAUCUGCAACAGAUCCUGUAGAGCAUGAAAUUAAUUAUUUGUACGAUGUAUUAAGAUCAUUUUAUCCUGACACGGUGAUUCAAUUCUUUGGAGGACAUAGUCAUAUCAGAGAUUUUGUAAAAUUUGAUGAUCGGUCUACGUGCUUACAAAGUGGUAGAUUUUCGGAUACGGUUGGGUUUAUUUCUAUCAAUAAUAUCAAAUCUAAACAUUCAGAACCAAUAUUCUUUAGACGCUACCUCGAUUUCAAUAAGAGAUCCUUCAAAUUCCAUGCGAAGACAAAACACUUAUCUACAAAAGUUGGUAACUACGUUUCUUCAAAGAUUAAUGUAUUAAGGACUAUUCUAGAUCUGGAUCACCAAUACGGGAUUGUCCCACAAACUUAUUAUAUGAUGGCAAGACCAUUGGAUUCAGAAUCAAAUAUUUAUUAUCUAUUCAAAUCUGAAAUUUUAUUAAGCUUAAAUUCUAGUAUCACUGAUCCGGCUAUUGGCAGGAUGAUUAUGAUUAACACAGGGGCCAUAAGGUAUGAUCUAUACAAAGGCCCAUUUACGAAGGACUCAGAAUAUAUCGUAUUACCGUUCGAGAAUACUUGGAACUAUAUGAUUUUACCUUUAAAAAUUGCCUCUAGAAUUGAGGAGUUUUUAAACGAAUAUCCGUAUGUUAUGAAAAUGUUAUCUCCGCCAGAGGUAUUCCAGAAUAAUAUAUUAAUUAAGAAGAACGAAAUCGAUUGCCCUGUUGUUGAUAAACCUGAUCUGUCGGAAGGGUAUACCACUGUUGAUGAUUUUGGUUGUGAUGGAGACGAUACGCCACACAACACCCAAAUAUUAUACAACGUUCCAAAUGUGAUACAAUCAAAUCAAUUGGUUAGUACCAAUCCAGAUUCUCUGAUCCAUUUUAUCUUUGUUAGUUUCCUUACUGACGAUAUAUUACAAGCCGUGAAUUCAAUUGGUUCAGACAUAUCCCCAGGUUUCCAAAAUUAUACAUCUGUUGAUGUAAAUAUUUACGGUGGACAAUCUGCGAAACAAUUAUUACGGGAAUAUAUCAUCCAAAUAUCCCAAACACAGGAUAAAUAA